CACAAGUUGUCAGUUCGAAAAGUUACAACAUUUGACACUUGCACUUCGAAUAAAUGGCUGACCGCUUAAAUGUCUGCAUCAUCGGGUCCGGUAAUUGGGCCACAACCAUAGCACGCAAUGUGGGCCUCAAUGUGCAACAUUCCCAGCUGCUGGAGCCCAAAGUGAAUAUGUAUGUGUACGAGGAAAUUAUCGAUGGCCGUAAGCUAACAGAGAUCAUAAACACGACGCACGUCAAUGUCAAAUAUAUGCCAGACUUUGUGUUGCCUCCGAAUGUGGUGGCUUACGAUGAUGUGGUAACCACGGCACGUGAUGCGGAUAUCCUUAUCUUUGCCAUUCCCCCGACAUUUGUGAGCAGCUGCUGCAAAACUCUGUUGGGCAAGGUCAAGCCCAUGGCUCAUGCAGUCUCCCUAAUCAAGGGCUUUGAGCGCAGCGAUGAUGGGCAGAUCCUCUUGAUAUCUCAUCUCAUAAUGCGACAGUUGAAGAUUCCCUGUUCGGUGCUGGUGGGCUGCAAUCUGGCUCAUGAGAUUGCCAAUAACAACUUUGCCGAGGGGACAGUUGGAUGUCGAGAUCAGAAAUAUAUGCGUAUUCUACACGAUCUCUUCAAGUCGGAAUAUUUUCGUGUGGUUGUCACUGAUGACGCUGACUGUGUUGAAAUCUGCUCCACUCUAAGAAAUAUCGUUGCAUUUGGGGCUGGACUUGCGGAUGGCCUGGAAUUAAAUGAGAAUACCAAGGCUGGUAUCAUUAGACGUGGCUUUUUGGAGAUUCUACAAUUUGUGGAUGUGUUCUAUCCUGGCAGUCGACUGGCCACCUUCUUUGAGGCCUGUGGCUUGUCCGAUUUGGUUACCAGCUGCUAUGCCAAUCGCAAUCGCCGACUGGCUGAGGCAUUUGUGAAGACGGGUCAGCCAUUGAGUGAACUGGAGCAUAUUCUUAUACCAGGCCAUGAGCCUUUGGGUCCGGUCACCUCCGAAUUGAUCAACAUAAUGCUGAGGAAGAAGGGUCUUGAGGAAAAAUUCCCACUAUUCACCACGGUCUAUCGCAUCUGUACGGGAAUUUAUCCGCUUACUCGCCUGGUGGAAACUCUGCGCUUUGCACGUGAGGAUAUAUAUCACCCCAAUCAUAUUUUCCAGCUGUAAAAAUUCAAGUUAUUAUAAAAAUUGAUUGUAUAUUGUAUGUUGUUAAUAAUCUGCAUCCAGUCAAUAAAGUGGAACUUCAUGUUUGGUAGUUGCUCUAAGCACAAUGUA